AUGACAAGAACCUUGAAGCUCCAUGUGAAUUGUCAGAAAGUUGUCAAGUUACACCAGGAACAUCCCAAAAAUAUUCGCACAGAAUAUGAUCGACUGCAUGAGACAUUAUUUCAAGAGUUGGUCACGUCAACAACAUUAGUUGAGAAACGGGAUAUGAAAACUCACCAAACUUUUCUUUCUUCUGAUCGUCUUUACACGUGUACAACCUGCCAUACUCAUUUAGCCAGACAUGAAGAUUUAAUAUCAAAGGCAUUUCAAGGACGCCUUGGACGUGCAUACUUAUUUAACAAAGUAACAAACGUGUCAUUAGGUCCAAAAGAGGAUAGAUUACUGAUGACUGGUGUACAUUCUGUCAAAGAUAUCCGAUGCGAUGUUUGCUCAAAUGUAGUUGGUUGGAAAUAUGUAUUUGCAUUCGAGAAGAGUCAAAAGUACAAAGAGAAUAAAUAUAUCGUUGAGAAGGCAAUGAUAUCCAAAGAGAAUCAGUGGGAUGAACCUUAA